AUGUCACUCUUUAUCGCACCGUCACCCUCGCUUACUCUCCACCCCCAUGCGUACGUUAGCCCCUCCAUGUCCAUCCUACGCCGCCUCAAUCUAAACUUUCGCACUCACCGCCGCCGCCUCGCCACCGUUUCUGCCGCCGUUCGUCAGGACACCACCGUCUGGACCCCGGCCCCACUCUCUGAGGUCGAGCCCGCAGCCGAGUCGCUCUUCCACAUCGCUAUCGACGUGUCGGACGCGCCGGACCUCGCCGCGUCCCAUACACUGGCCGGGCAGUAUCUCCAGCUUCGCGUCCCCGACUCGACCAAGCCUUCUUUCCUCGCCAUCGCGUCGCCACCGAAGCUCGCCACGGAGCGUGGCGUGUUCGAGUUCCUCGUGAAGAGCGUGGCUGGGUCCACCGCGGAAGCGUUGUGCGCGUUGAAGAGAGGCGAUGUGGUUGAACUCACCCAAGCCAUGGGAAACGGAUUCAAAAUCGAUCGGAUCGAGCCGCCCGAGAAAUUUGGAACCGUUAUCGUCUUCGCCACUGGAUCUGGAAUUAGUCCAAUUCGGUCUCUUGUAGAGUCAGGGUUUGAUGCUGGGAAUAGGUCUGAUGUGAGGCUAUAUUAUGGGGCCAGAAACCUACAGCGAAUGGCUUAUCAGGAUAGAUUUAAAGACUGGGAAUCUUCUGGUGUGAAGAUUGUUCCUGUAUUGUCUCAACCUGAUGAUAGUUGGACUGGGGAAAGAGGCUAUAUUCAGGGUGCAUUUUCAAAAGCUAAGCAGAUAUCUAACCCACUGGCAACUGGUGCUGUACUUUGUGGGCAUAAACAGAUGGCUGAGAUCUUUGCCUCAAGUGCUCGUCCUCUGAUGUGGCUUUCGUCUGUUCCCUCAUGUAGUUCAGUUACAAUUCGCGAUGCUCGAUCUUCUGACAAACAAUGA